UAGUUGAAAGCACCAGACAGCACGUUAGUUUACAUUAUGGUGGCUUGAUAACUGUCAACGUCAAUCAAUCAGAAUAAUAAUGUCUAAUAAGGGAGCAAUUAAAAAGGUCUCAGCCAGCAGAGAUGGUUCGACAAAUCACAAAUUGAAAUCAAAAAGUUCUUUACUUGGUAAAGAAGCCGAUGACUCAGAGAAAGUAGACAUAAGAAUGAUGCGAAUGUCUCAGACGUUAGAAAAACGGAGAGAAAGCACUCAAUCGAAAUCUACACCAAGUAUACAGUCAAAUAAAAGUAGUAUAAAACAUUCAGUCAGAACCACUAAAAGUAAUCCUAUUAAAGAAAAUACUCAAACAAUGGCAAAAUCAAAUACCAAUAAUCCCAAGAUGUUAACAUCUAAAAUAUCGACUGAUGCUAUAAAAAAAUUGAAUAAUAACAAUGCUGUAAAAAGCAGUAAAAGCAGUGGUACAAGAAUGCAGAGUGGUUAUUCAGAAAAAAGAGGACAGAGUACAGUAUAUAUACCACAAUCAAUGACAAGUAAACUAAAUGCUAAACUGUCCAGUAAAAAUGUUGCUUCGGUAUCAAAAAGCGAAGAGCAAAUAAGGAGACGUUCAAACGAUACUGAAUCAAAACCAAAGUCUAGGCAACGUAAAUUAUCGAGGACGUUAAGUCCAAGCGAAGUAAAAAUGCUACAUUCUGCUAUAAAUGGACCAGAUUCUUUGCAGAAGGUAGACCAGAGCAAAAAGAAACAAGCACAAGAAGAGAUAAGUGAUGAAUAUGAUUAUGAAGAUGAUUUUGAGGACUACGAGUCUGAUUUUCAAGAAUGCACCGACAGUGAAGAGUCAGAAGUCUCUGAAGAAACAAACGACAAUCAGAACAAUUUGCCAUUAGAUCCAAUCGAAUUAAAUACUGCAAAACAACGUAAAAUUGUGAACAGCAUUGAACAGAAGGAGGAAGAGCACAUGCAUGAUUCUGGUCAUUAUGAGCUCACUGAAGCCAGAAGGAGAGCAGCGAGAAUAGAGUCAAUUGCAAAUGAUCCAAAGCUUUCCUCCCUUCUCGAAAUUAGACAACCGAUUAAUAAAUCGUAUAGCGAGGAUAAAUCGGAAAAUAAGUCUUUGCCGUUGUCUACCGAUGAAGGAUUCGAAGAUAGUCGUUCUGGUGAUUUUACCAAAUCACCGCCACUCUCGCAAAUUUCGUUUAUCGAUUUUCGUAAAACCAAAGAGGAGGAACCGAAACCAAAGAAAAAGAAUUUGAGCAGGGGCGAAGUACUAUUAGGAAUGAUAAAGCUAGACGUAAUGGAAUGGUCACUUCUUGAAUGUUCGCCUAUACCGUACGAAGAAUUCAUUAGAAAUUAUGGAAGAUUAAAUACUCAACAAAUGUCCACGCAAACUGGCGAGGAUAACAUUGAUCUCGAAACGCAAACGGAAAAAAUUGAACUAGAGAACAAAUGGACACAGUUUCCAGUAACUUGUAGGAAUAAUCUUCGAACUAAAGAAGAUUUAGAUUUAUUUCGUUUGGAUCAAAUUGGAGUUGGCAGCGAUUACGAUCCGAAGUCUAUGAAGUCCUUACCACCGUUAUCUUUCGAUAUACUGCGACUGAACGAUUUCAUGAGUCGCGCAGGGAGAGUAAUGUUAUCCUUGUUGGAAGAGAGACGAUCUGGUGGUAAUGUGUUUAAAAAUGAAGAAGAAAUACCAUUCAGUGACGGUGUUGUAAAACUUUCUGUAAAUUCAGUUACCUUUUUGGCUGGUAGACCUGUGACCAUAAUACAUUAUUCAAAGGUCUUAAAUAAAAUCCUACUAACUAUUCAUUCUCCCGUCGAAGAGGAAAUCGAGACAUCUAGCAAACAGGAUUAUAUAACCGACUGUUGCAUUGGAUGCGUAUGGAACAUUUCUGAACCAUCGAUGCCAGUCAAAUUAUUUUAUUCUGCUUGUCCUAUAACUGCGUGCUGUUUCCAUUUGACAAACUAUAAUGUAGUAUUUGCUGGUCUCCAAGAUGGAUCGAUAAGUCUGUGGGAUUUAAAGGAGGACGAAAUGUGGCAUCACAAAGUUACCGAUAAAGCCAAUGAAUUAGAUUGGACAAUUCGGAUGCCUACGUACACGACUGCGGCGAAUAUAAAAACUGAUGCCUCGCAAAUUGUUGCGAUACGCGUAAUAUCAAAAAUUGAAGAGAAAUCUUUAGAGCAACGUAACAAUAAAUUUGUACCACUUCAGAUAUGUAGCUUAAGUGAAAAUGGUUUUCUUAAUAUAUGGAGCGUUUUGCAUAAUGUGGGCAAGAGUGUCGAUGAUUUAGGACUGUCGUUCUGGGGUAACAUAAGACUUGUCAAAAGUCAAGAAUUAAUUUGUCAAUCGAGUAAUCGGAAAAAGUUGAAUGCAGCUACCUUUAUUGAUAUGCAUGUGGAUUGUGUUGAUAGUAAUAAUCUUUACGUUGCCACUAACAGUAGCGAUAUUUUGCAUGCUACUUGUAUCGGUAACAAAGCUAAUCCUGCUGUGUAUACAAAGUCGGAUACUAAUCCUUGUGGAAACGUGACUUGUAUAGAAACAUGCCCGUUUCAACAUCCGUUCUUCAUGGUCAGCUGCGACGAUGGAACAAUUCGACUGCAUUCUUUAAGCAUUGAGAAACCGCUAUUACAGUUAAAGGACGAAGAUAAUACGUGCACGAUUAAAUCGAUACAAUGGUCAAGAUCGAAACCAUUUACAUGUUUCGUACUAGACGAUAAUUCAUGCAUACAAGUUUGGGAUUUCAGUAACAACGACAUACAUCCAAUGUGCAAAAUUAAUUUGCAAAAAAGCGGUCGCAUAAAAUGUAUGCAGUUAUCAUCUUGCAAAACUGAAAAAGAUAUGUCUCAUCAAUAUUUGGCAUUCGGUACGGAAUCCGGAUACGUAGAGGUGCACAGAUUAAGAACUGAUUUCUGUUACUCCAAGAAGGAAGAUUGUAUGCAGGAGUUAAAUACUUUCACGCAUUACAUGACUAUUCUAUAAAUGAAGUUGUCGACGGUACUCGAAGAAAUUGAACUUUUUUAUACUUCCAACGAAUUGCAACUGAUUUCCGAUACAGUGUCUAUUACUUUCUACGUAAAUAAUUUAUUUAAAAGACAAUCUCGUCAUCACACGUGAACAGAUGUAAUUUUAUUUAUUAUGCACACUCACGAAACCGUCCAUUAAUAGUUUUGUAACGUAAAGCAAUAUUUAAAUAAGGUAUUCUUAAUGAAAACGCUGUUCUGUAAUAAAUCAAUUUUAUUAUUACAA